CAUGCAACACUUCCCGUAAUCCUUGGACAAAUCGGGCCGCAUGUAAACUGAAUGUCGGCGACUCGGGUGUUCCGGUGCGGAACCUUUCGCGUUUGCCAUUUGGAUUGCUCGUACACAGACAGACGUUGCUCUUUGCCUUACAGAUUCGUAUGAAACCGUCUUUAAUUUGUCAGGAAUAGUUUAGUGACACUUUUCGGCUUGCGGAUCGCCUGGAUGUACCACGGAAUCGUAUAGGCUACUGGUCGUGGUUGUGCUCAGCUAGCCUGCUCCUGCAUCUCUAAACGUAUCACACCACUCGUUAGAUUUUUGGUUUGUUUUCAAAGAAAGCAUUUUCUUUGAAUUCGUGAUGAUAAAGAUCACGAUACAGACCGGGGGACUGAUAGUUUUACUGUGGGUGCUUGUCGGACACUUUGUUUUGGGUUGGUUCAACAACAACAUCAAUUCCAAGACGCCGCAAAGCCAACGUUCUGGCAGCGCCGCGGCCGCCGACAGCGAAGACCAAAGCUGUUUUUGUCACUUGACCGGCGUCUUGGACGACUGCUUCUGCGACAUCGAGAGCAUCGAUGUCUUCAACAACUUCAAGAUUUACCCGAGCAUCCAGAAACUGCUGGAGAGAGACUACUUCAGAUACUACAGGGUGAACCUGAAGAGACCCUGUCCGUUUUGGCCAGACGAUGGCCACUGCGCCAUCAAGGACUGCCAGGUGGAGCCCUGCCCAGAGAGCAAAAUCCCUGUGGGAAUAAAAGCUGGCAACUAUAAUAAAUAUUCCCAGGCGGCCAACUCCGUGUCGGAGAUAGAGGAGUGUGAACAGGUCCACGAGCUGGGAGCCAUCAACAACACACUGAGUAACCAGAGCAAGCAGGCCUUCGCCGACUGGGCCCGGCACGACGACGCUCAGGACCACUUCUGCGAGCUGGACGACGAAACGUCUCCGGACUUCGAGUACGUGGACCUGCUGCUGAACCCGGAGCGCUACACCGGGUACAAGGGCCCGUCCGCCUGGAGGGUGUGGAACAGCAUCUACGAGGAGAACUGCUUCAAGCCCAGGUCAGUGUAUCGACCCCUGAACCCCCUGGCACCCAGCAGAGGAGAUGAUGAUGGUGAAGGCUUUUACAACUGGCUGGAAGGGCUCUGUCUGGAGAAGAGGGUGUUCUACAGACUGAUCUCUGGCCUGCACAGCAGCAUCAACAUCCACCUGUGUGCAGCGUACCUGCUGGACGAGGGCUGGGGUCGCGCGGUGUGGGGCCCGAACGUGCGGGAGUUCCGCACCCGCUUCGACCCGGCCGAGACCAAGGGGGAGGGCACGCGGCGGCUGAAGAACCUGUACUUCCUGUACCUGAUCGAGCUGCGGGCGCUGUCCAAGGUGGCGCCCUACUUCGAGCGCACCAUCGUCAACCUGUACACCGGCAGGGCCCAGGAGGACGCUGCCACCAAGGAGCUGCUGCUCCGCAUCUUCAACGCCGCCAAGGCCUUCCCAAUGCACUUUGACGAGAAGUCCAUGUUCGCCGGACAGAAGAUAGAGGCCAAGACAUUAAAGGAGGAGUUCAGGCUGCACUUCAAAAACAUCUCGCGCAUCAUGGACUGUGUGGGCUGCAGCAAGUGCCGUCUGUGGGGGAAACUGCAGACUCAAGGCCUGGGCACCGCUCUCAAGAUCUUAUUUUCCGAGAAGGAGAUAAAGAACCUUCCGGAGAACAGCCCGUCCAAAGGCUUCCAGCUGACGCGGCAGGAGAUCGUGGCGCUCCUCAACGCUUUCGGGAGGCUCUCCACUAGCAUUAAGGAGGUGCACAAUUUCAGAACUCUGCUGAAUGAUGUCAGGUAACGAACACCCCCAGCCAGUAGGGGGCAGCAGCGGCCCGGAGGACACUGCGAUAGUCUUAUCCUGCCCGAGAAUAAGGCCGCUGUUUCAGGGACUACAGGAUCAAGGCCCAGAAGAAGAGAAAAAUAACAAACAUAAAAGAAAAAAAUUAAGUAAAACAGACUCGGAUGAAAUCUCCUCCUUGCCCGUUCCAUGUCCAACUGCCCAACGAUUCGACCAAUCAGACGGCCUAGACCGCUACGUAGACCCACAUAAGGAUUCUUCUUUAACUCCUGAACCGUCUUGGCUCGGGACGCUGUUGGGACUGUUUGGGCCCUCGCCCCCCCUAACCGUGCACACCCCCGCCCCAUUCGAGGGGUGCAGUACAGAGUGGAAGAGGCACAGCUUCAUUUCGGCACUCUGCAUCUCCCUCUUUAGGAAACUGGUUGUGAUCUGAUGCUUAUCUGUUUCCCCAAACCGGCUUAUGUCUGUAUGACUGUCUCUCUGUGCACACGUAUGCUUCUUUGUGAGCGGGUGUGACACGAGUGUGUGUGCCUGUGUGUGUGUGUGUGUGUGUGUGUAUGCCUGCGCGCGCGUGUAUGUGUGAGUGUGUGUGUUUGAAUUUGCGUUUGGCAGAAUUGCAUGUAUUAACUUGGGCUGGGCUUAGGCUGGUCUUCUGAAAGUAAAAAAAAACCUCUUGCCAACUUGCUUUCUGCAUCCCAGAUAUUUACAAUUUUAUUUUUGUGUGGUCUUGCUGUACGGGGGGGGCAGUCUGAUUUGACCUGUGUCCCUGUCAGUGAUAUUAGCACAUGGAUAAUGGUGUGUAAUUUCACACAUGCAUCGAUGGGAGAAAAGCUGAGAGAUAAACAGCACUGGGAGAGUGGCUUAGGAACAUGUAGAUCACAGGUCUACAACGUUCCUUUCCUUGCAUUAUAGUAUUUUGCACCUGUAUUUAUUCUGACAAAAUGUUGGUGAAUUUAUUUUCGUUUUUUUACAGCGUGGGACCAGAGCGUGUGAAGCAGAGAAAGAAUGUACUCUCCCCUUGAAACAUGGCGAUCAUAACGAGCGUAGACGAUCUCUCAUUUUUCCAAACAGUCAACGCGACUUACGGUGAUUCAUUAUCAUGGGAAUAUGGGUGCUUUUCUCACAGGAGUCCAUUUUGUCUUCAGAAAUAUGCUUUGUGUGGCUGUGUAGGGGAAUUUACGCUGUACAGAAAUGUACAGGAUUUGUUUUUUUGAAUUGCAGGGAGAAAUAGGAAUUUUGAAUUGCAGCUCAGAACUGUUGGGGGUUGUCACGACCGAAUCAUGACUGUAGGACUUUCUGCCAAACUUUUCUUGCAGUGGCCGUGUCCUGAAUUUCAAUUGGAAUAUAUGUGAAUAUGCCGUCAAGGUAUUGCAACACUUCACAAUAUAUGAGCACAUUUGUAAACUAUUGCCACCUUCAGAGAUUGCAAUAUAUUACAAUUCUGUGAAAUGUAUUGCUAUGCUUUCAACAAGUCUGCGACGUUUUCAGUA